AUGCAUGUGGUCAUUACAGUGUGUUCAGUGCUCCCAAAUGUUCCUCACUCUCACGUGUCAGAAGGAACCAGCAAAGCUGUGUACCAGGAAGGAGAUGUGAUACAUUUUUCUUGUGAAUCUGGUUACAUAUCAGAUCAGAUCUCAACCUUUGUAUGCACAACUGAUGGUUGGCUGGUGCUCCGUCAGGGAAAGUGCUACUCAUGUUUAACGCUUCCAGAUGUUCCCAAUGCCCAAGUAACACAAGAGACAAGAAAAUCUCAGUAUCGAGCAGGAGACAUGAUACAUUUCGCUUGCGAACCUGGCUAUACAUCAGCUCUCACCAUCAAAUAUGUAUGUGCGACUGAGGGCUGGCAGCCACUCCACAAGGGAUCGUGCUACCUUUCAUCUUCCACAUGUGACCCUCCUCCUACACUUCAAGGGUUAACAGUGAAAGGUUUACCGGAAAAUUCUAUUCCCAUACGUCCCGAUCACAUCCUUACAUUCAGCUGUGAUGGUCCUGGGAAGUAUCUGAAUGGCGUUUCUGUGCUGAUAUGUGGACAAGACGGACAAUGGAAUAAUCCAUUCCCGACUUGCGUAGAUAGAUCUUGUAAAGUCGGUGUUAUGCAUCCUCAUCUCUACGUAGCUGGAUUACCACCAUCAAAUGAAAUAAUGGCGACUGGACAUAAGUUGCAUUUUCUUUGCAGCAAUACACAUGUACUAAUUGGGUCUACAGAAAUUGAGUGUUUAGAAAAUGGACAAUGGAAUUCCCCCUUUCCUACUUGCUCUGGUGACCAGGGUUGUGGGAGGCCACCGCCUCUUUCAGACGGAGACACCAAAACAAGUACUAAACAGCAGUACCAACAUAAUGAAAGGGUUGAAUAUAUUUGUCAGCGUUACUACGCCAUGGAUGGUGGACUGUUCAAAACCUGUGUGGAUGGUGAAUGGAUUGGAGAGAUUAGAUGCCUCCAACCCUGCGUUGUGAAUAGAGAAGACAUGAACAGACAUAAUAUUCAGUUCAGGAGCAGACAGCUGAACUCCACCGAGACAGCUGGUGAUGCAAAUCUGAAGGCUAGACCCUCCAAUUUCACAGCCGCUCACUUCCAGUUUACCCGGCCUUCAGAGGACCCGGCCCACGCAGACCGUGAAGGCCAGGUCCGCAGGAGGAUGCAGCCCCUGAAUUUGGACACCCCUUCUCUCUUUCUCAACUAUAUAGUGCUGUGA